UCUUUCACUAUCUUUUGUUUAUUUGAUUCAAGCCUAUCCUAUCUUUACCUUGUACUACUCCUUUUUUUGUUUGCUUUGCUUCCUUUCCUAUCCUUUCUUUUCUUGAUUCUCUCCUUUUACUUUCUUUCUUUUUUAAUUCUCCUGAUACUUUAAUUAUUUGCCUUUUAAAUGGGGUUUUGUUUUAUUUGCUGUUUUUUUCUUUGAAAUGCAUGUUGCCGAUGAUGAUGAAGUUUUCGUUGUUCUUGUUCUUGUAGAACUUGUGAAAGUUGCUGUUCUUAGUAAACCGGUUGCUACAGUUGUUUAUGUUCUUUUUUUUUUUUUUGCUGUUUUGGCUUUUUGGGUGCAUUGUGUUUUCACUGUAUAUACUUUAUAUAAGUUUUUUUAGUUGUUGUCGGUGUGGUUCGUGACCUAUAAGCAUUACCUUGUCCGUACAGAUAUGGUUGUUCGUGCAGGAUAAGAUUUUAUAUCCUGGCCCUUUUCUCUCUUGCUCUUUGAAUGUGAUAAUUCUUGGGCCGCUUUUGUUCUCUGCUUUUGCUUCUUAAUCAACACAACAGAAGUUUCUGGAUGAACUUGGAUUUUAUUCAGCUAAGAUUUGCUAUGCUUUAGUUAAUCUUGGAGUGAGACAAAAAAAGAUUCAGUUUGUUGAUAAGGAUCUUCUGGGUUUUGUAUCAAGACAAUUGAUGAAUUAGAUGGCUAUUCGAGUCCACAACUUGCCAAAGAAAACUUUUGAUGAAAGUUCUGUUCCUUCACUAUCUCAUUCAUCUGUUAGUUGCCCACCAUGGUGGAAUUUGAACGAACAGCAAAUUGCACAGUCUUUACCCCAGAAUAUAAGCUUGAAAGUGGAAACUCCCUCCCAACUCUAUCAUAAUGCAAAGCAUUUAGAUCUUCAACUACCAGACCAGGAAUUGACAUCAGCUCAAGCUAUUGGUCAAUCUCAUCGUGAAAUGGGUGUCAUAGGAGUGACCAAUUCUCAAUGCUAUUCAUCUGAAUCUGGUCAGGAUGAAAGUUGUGGGAAGGAUGUUGAGGGUCAAGUGAAGCCGGUUUACUUGCUUAACAAUCCAAACACUUUGUUCAGCAUUUCUCAUCUAAAUUAUAACCAUUCAGUGGCUUCUGUUCGAUAUCCUCAUGCUGAUGCUUACUUUGGCGGGUUGUUUACUCCGUACGGGCAACAGGCUAUUAUUCAGGCCCAGUUGGCAGGAAGUGCACCAACAAGAAUUCCGCUGCCUCUUGAUCUCGCAGAAGAUGGGCCCAUUUAUGUCAACGCAAAACAAUAUCAUGGGAUUCUCAGGAGGAGGCAGUAUCGUGCAAAGCUUGGGGCACAAAACAAACUUGUCAAAUCUCGAAAGCCAUACCUUCAUGAAUCUCGACAUCUUCAUGCACUGAAUAGGGUUAGGGGUUCGGGUGGACGUUUUCUUAGCAAAAAGAAGCUCCAACAUGCUGAUCCAACUUUUAACACAAGUUCCCAUGGCAUCUGUGAUGCCAGCUGCUUAGACCAAAAGAAUAGUAGAUCAGAACUCGAGAGCCAUUGCUCUCCCACGGCAGAAUACGCUGGUUCAAGUACAAGCUGCUCCGACAUCUCAAUCGUCUCCAACAACGAUAGCAAUUUCCAGCAGCCAGAACACAGAUUGUCAGACAUUUCUACUCGUAUGGGCAGCAUGCUGAAUGGAAUACAACACUGUGCUUCAAUUGCCCGGUGACAAGGAGCACAGCAAAGGCGGCAACUCAUCCUUGGCUUUAUCAAUUAUCUUUCAUGCAUAUUGUGUAAAGCGUCUGACUGUGUUACACUGUCCUGAAAUCUCUUCCCAGUUUCUUUCUCUGCUCUUACAUUUUAGGAAUUACAGCAUUGUUGAAAAGAGUUUGGCUUGGAAUUGUAUUUCAAUGAUCAUUUACUUGUGGUUUUUACCUGUUAUGGGUGUUAUUUAUGUCAACUAGGUAAGAUAUUUUCAUAUGUUCAGAUCAUUUAUAAACAAAUAAGCAAUUACCAUCCUUUCUUUUUAUCAGAUCAGACCUUAGAUAUGAUUGUGUAAACCGUGGAG